AUGAGUGAACGGGCGCCACGGCAUGGAAGGCUUCUCGCCAUUUCCGACCUGCGUCUCACAGCUGCGGUGAAGACCGACAUCAGGCCACGGCACCGCAGCAACCUGAUACGCUGUGCAAAUGGGUCGUUGACGCCGCCGGAGGUUCCAGUUCAGAGGGACGACAAGCGAGGAUGUGCCGAAGACGCAGGCCUCGCGCCGACGGAGGGCGGAACAACAGGCUUGGGAAUGACAAGCAGCUUUGAGUUCCGCGGCACCCUCUCUCCGGUUGCCUUUGGCUAG